GAUGCUCUCUUUAAUUUUUGAAGUUUUUAUUAUUGGAUGUGUUAAAUAUUGCAUGAUUCUCAAGGCUAACAGAGGACACAUUGCAUGUCAGCUUGCUUUAGGUCCUUUGGACCUCUUGCUGCCAUGCAAGUCUUUCUUUGAACUGUUAUGACAUAGUUGAAUUUAGCAUGUAGUAAAGCCUUAAUAUAUGGUGGAUAGAACAAGAUGAGAGAAUGCAUCAGUAUACACGUUGGUCAAGCUGGGGUACAGAUUGGAAAUGCCUGUUGGGAACUUUAUUGCUUAGAACAUGGAAUUCAACCUGAUGGUCAGAUGGCGAGAGAUGCUGUCCCCGAUGCCUCUGAUGACUCUUUCAAUACCUUUUUCAGUGAUACCGGUAACCAACAAUAUGUUCCGAGGGCAAUUUUUGUGGAUUUGGAACCCACCGUCAUCGAUGAAAUUCGAACUGGAGUUUAUAGGCAUCUCUUUCAUCCUGAGCAAAUGAUAACUGGAAAAGAAGAUGCUGCAAACAAUUAUGCUAGAGGCCAUUAUACAAUAGGCAAAGAGAUUAUUGAUCUUGUACUCGACAGAACUAGGCUACUUGCGGAAAGAUGCUCAGGUCUGCAAGGAUUUCUGAUAUUUCAUAGUUUUGGAGGAGGGACUGGAUCAGGAUUUACAUCACUGUUGAUGGAAAGACUCUCUGUAGAUUAUGGAAAGAAAUCAAAACUGGAAUUUGCCAUAUAUCCAGCACCUCAGGUAUCUACGGCUGUCGUUGAACCUUACAAUUCAAUCCUCACAACCCAUACCACCCUGGAGCAUUCAGACUGUGCUUUCAUGGUAGACAAUGAGGCUAUUUUCGAUCUUUGCACCAGAAACUUGGAUAUAGAACGCCCUACGUAUACAAAUCUAAAUAGAAUGAUUGGUCAAGUAGUGUCUUCAAUUACUGCUUCCUUAAGGUUUGAUGGUGCUUUGAAUGUAGAUCUAACUGAAUUCCAAACAAAUUUGGUCCCAUAUCCUCGUAUCCACUUCCCUCUUGUAUCUUAUGCUCCUGUGAUGUCAGCUGAGAAGGCAUAUCAUGAGCAACUGACUGUUGGAGAAAUAACCAACUCUUGUUUUGAACCAUCUAAUCAGAUGGUUAAGUGCGACACACGACAUGGAAAAUACAUGGCAUGUUGUCUUCUCUACAGAGGUGAUGUCGUGCCUAAGGAUGUUAAUGCAGCCAUUGUGUCCAUCAAAACAAAACGUUCAAUUCAGUUUGUUGAUUGGUGUCCUACAGGUUUCAAGGUUGGCAUCAAUUAUCAACCCCCUACAGCUGUUCCUGGCGGAGACUUGUCAAAAGUUCCUCGAGCUGUUUGCAUGUUGUCUAACACUACAGCUAUUGCUGAAGCCUGGUCCAGGUUGGAUUACAAAUUCGAUCUUAUGUAUGCAAAGCGAGCUUUCGUCCAUUGGUAUGUUGGAGAAGGUAUGGAGGAAGGUGAAUUUUCUGAAGCAAGAGAAGAUCUUGCUGCUCUUGAGAAGGAUUAUGAAGAAGUUGGUCUUGAUUCAACGGAUAACUUUGAAGAUGAAGGCGAAGAAUAUUAGAACUAACUAAAUUUAAAUUUUUUUUAAAAAAGAAAAAAUUUGAAUCUCAUCCAUUAAUUUUUAAAAUUACUAAUAUGCUGUCAGUAGUGUGGUUUUUAUAUUUUUUAGUCUGAAGUCUCACAUUUUGUUCCAUAGAUAAUAAAUAGAAAUUAACGUCCUAAUUUUUAUUUAUGCUAAUGAUUAUAAUUAACGUAGUUUUUGCUUUUACUGAAAAAUCUUUUUUUCAUCUUCAAAUAUUCAAGAAUUUUUUAUAUGAUUUCUUUUGGUUAUUAAAAGGAGUAGUGAAGGUUUUAAUUUUUCUGUAAAUAAAGAAAAGCAUGCAUCACCAUUCUUUACUUUCUAUUUUGAAACUAGCACGUUAGUUGAUCUGCCGUGUUUGAUUUUUUUUUCUGUACAUCUUCAAUUUUUUAAAAAAAAGUUUUUUUUUUUUUUGCUUGAAUUAAGAUUAUUUUACAUAAAAUAGUUGAGUUAUAUAAAUGUACAAUUCAAGUGGUUUAAGAAGUUUGUUUCGUUUCAACUUCCUCUUUGUAAUGCUCAAUAUAAUUAAUUAUAUAAUUCCAAAACUUGUGCAGCUAUUAAAGAAGCAACUGUAAAAUUUAUGUGCAUUGAUUAUGAAGGGAAUCAGCUCAAUCAUUUCAAAUCGAACUUUUUUUUUUAAUCUGUAUGUUUUUGUAAAAGAUUUUAAAUUUAUUGUAAUUGGAAAUUAACAAAUAUUGUAGAAUUAAAGUCCACAUUUUUUAAAAUUAUAGUAUGGUGAUCAGUUUCUUUUAGUUUAAUAAAACUUUAUUUCUGUUUUUUUUUUUAUUUAAAAAAAUUUCUUUAAACAUCUAUAUAAAAAUCAUUCUUAUUUAGCUUAUUACUUGAUAGAUAAUGAAUUUAUUAUCUUUUACUAAAAUUUAAUCUAAUACUGAAAUGAGUUUAAGUGUUCAAUUUCUUCAUUCAAAAUAUGUUUCCUCUAUCUAAAAUCAAUUAAUAUUUUUGAAAUCAAAAUUACGAAUUAAGGAAUAUAAUAAAAAUAACACUUGUUGUAGUGAAAUCUAUUUUAUUUCGAACAUAAAUAAAGAGUAUUGCAUUUAAUUUGAUUGUUUAUUUUGUGUUGGGUAAAUAAUUUUGUGUUAUAAUUAAGUUUUUUAUUUUUUAGAAAUUUCUGGAAUUCUCAAUGUGUAGAAUAUUUUUUGAGUUGGGUAAUAAUUUGCACUUAAUUUUUUUCUGAUUUUUUAUUCUUUUGAAAUUGGUAGCUAAUAAUUGGGUUAUAUUUCCAAGUUCUUAGUUAUACCUAUCUUGUUGUACUUUAUGAAGAAUAUGCACAUAUGUAUUUUAUAUCUUUUUGGUGCUUUUCAGUACCUUGAUUUUAUUCUUUUUACUGUGUCAUAUUUGUUGUGAUUGUGUGAAUUAAAAUUCUGCCAUUUUUCUUGGUGUUCAUAGAUUAUUCUCUAUAAAUUUUUCCAUUAACAUAUUUUUAUAGUGUAGUGCAUCCUUUUCUUAUUUUCUAAUAAGAGUAUUGUAAUGCACACUCCCAAAAAUCUGAUUGUUAAAAAUUUUAAGCUGCUUUCUGGAAUAGAAUUAGUGCCAAAUGCUAAGUAGAAAAUGGUUUUUUUAUUAGUACAACAAUUUUUAGAUGAAACUGGUGAACGUUUUUAUUUCCAUUGCAAUAUAAUAUAAAAGUUUUUGCUUUCUUCUCUUGCUGAAAAAAUUUAACUUUUGUUAUCUUCUAUAACUGUAAACAUUAGUUGUAAUUAUAAUAUUUGAAAUAAAUUAAAAUGACUACCUA